CCAACUCUGAAAUUCUUAUCAUAACUUCUUGUCGAUCUAAUAUUAAAACAUGUUUAGUUCUUUCAAACUAUAAUUAGCGUAUAGAAGUCUAAAAUCCAACAAUUUUUUACUUUUCAUAUGAUUUGUACAAACCAGUCUUUAGGAUAAAGUUUUUGCAACCAAAUAGCGAAACCUGGUGGACAUCGUGAAUAUUUUCUUGUAGAUUUAAUAAAUAAUACAUGAGUAAAUAAAAGUAUUGGAUAAAAAAUAAUAUAUGUAAAAAAAAAAAAAAAAAAAAAAACGUUAAAUCCAUUGAGCAAUUUCGAGAGACUUUAUCUCUAUUACUGAUGAUAUACUAAAUCAAGUAGUUGAAAAUAAAACCCCACACUCUUAUGAAUCGAAAAAGUUUAGUCUUCAAUCUUAACUUUUUUACUAUCCAUGCGAUAGUUUAAUAAUUUUUCACCUCUCAGCCACUCCUUGCUCCAAUAUGUGAUUUCUAUUUAUUUGUGAGAGGUACAAUAAUUUAUAAAAUUAAAAUGUUUUUAUUAACUUUUUAAUUAUACAGUUGUUUAUUCGAAAAAAGUAUUUUAAUGUGUUUGCUACCAAGCAGUAAACAUUGUAUCAUUUUGCAAGAAAAUAAGAAUCCCAUUGAUUACACCCAAUAAAAUUAGUUUAUAUCAUGUCGGAAAAAUCACGAAAAACUGUUACUCGAUUUCAUCCAAGUCAUGGUGAAAAUAUAAUACUUUGUGAUGAUAAUACAGUAGCCUAUCGAAAACAAAGUUUUGCUAAUGCAAUAACAUUUAGUGAAAAACCUUUACUACCCGGUGAAAUUUUUCUUUUGGAAAUAGAAAAAUAUGAACGAGGAUGGAGUGGUCAUAUGAGGCUAGGCCUAACCCAAAUUGAUCCUGUAACAGCUGAUAAAAAAGGCUUACCUCAAUAUGCAUUACCCAAUUUAGUAAAUAUGGGCUCUAGUUGGGUAUUCGCAAUAACUCAAAGUCAUAAUAUUUAUUUUAGUGUCAGUGAAGGUGAUACAAAUCCUCAUCAUGAAAAGAAAUUAAUUACUGAUGGCAUUACUGUACAGACUUCACGUGGAAUCAUUCCUUAUACGGCGUUAAAACCAAACACAGUUGGUUCAUGUCAAAAUCUUUUGCCGACAGAAACUGGUAGUCGUAUUGGUGUUAUGUAUGUACCACAACGAGGUACUGAUUUAGCAGAAAUGCAUUUUAUUAUUAAUGGAGUGGAUCAAGGUGUAUGUGGAAAAGACAUUCCUUAUAAAGAAAAACCAAUACAUGCAGUUGUUGAUGUUUAUGGUACAACAAAGCAAGUCAGAAUUAUUCAACUCUAUGCUGUUUCUACGUUACAAAGUGCUUGUCGGGACGCUAUUUUACAAUAUACAAAAGAAAACGCGGUCAAUUUGUUACCAUUACCACAAAUGCUUAAAGACUUUUUACUUUAUCAAUGAUAAUAAUUUAGAAACGAAAGUUAUUGUAAUAGUUAUUUUUCUUUUUUAUAAUAAGUUAAGAUAUUUUGAUUUAAUGAUAAAAUCAGGCAGGUCCUUUUAUCAUUAUUAGUCUUUUCUUGACUUCAAUCAUUUAUUGUAAAUUAUUAUAUUCUACAUUUGAGAUUUUACAAAGAAAAAAUCUAUAUGUCAUUACCAUAUAUAAUUGAAUGAAAAUAAUACAUUUUAUUAUUCAUCGAUAUUCCACGAGCAACUAUAACAUUUUUUAAGUCUUUUUUAUCAGUGUAGUAUUAUCAUAACCAUAUAAAAAAAAAAUAUGCCACUUGGCAGUCAGAAUCGAAAGUAGAUUUUUCAAAAACAAUUUUAAACCUUCAUAAAAUCGGCAAAAGAUAUAAAAUAAAAAUAAAAAAAAAAAAUUAAACUGAAACUUAUUCCAUCAGUUUCUACGUACCUUGUUCAGAAUCUAAGUAAUUUCAUAAAAAAAUUGUAAGAAAGUGAACCCAUGGAGAUAGAACUUUUUGUUAUGUUGAAAUUUUUAAAUGACUACCAUAUUUCUACUAAUUGAGCGAUUCAAUUUAUCUUUGAACUUAAUAAAGGUAAUCGCCAAAAGAAUAACUAGACCAAUUUUUAUUGUGAUCCUUUCAGAAUUGUGAUCGCGAUAUAUAUAUAUAUAUAUUUUUUUUUUUUUUUCAAUUAAUGGUAUUUUUUUAACAUACUCGACUGAUUAAAAUAUAUUUAUAUAAAAGUUGCACCAUGAGGACAAAUAGGUACAGGGAAAAAUUUGAAUAGUUGCUGUAACUAAUAGUUGAGUUUAACUGUUGAAUUGAGAUGUGUGCCUGUCUAACUUCCUCAGCUAAAUGCUUUAGUUGAAGAGUUUUAGUUACUGAAACUCAAAAUUUCUCUAAGUGCAAUAGUUAUUUUCAUGAAAUCUACCUAAAAAAUUGAAUAAAAAUCAAAAAAUAGUGAAUUUGGUUGUGGAAUGUCGAUAAACAAAAUGAUUUCUAUACUAACCGUAGAUGAAAAGAAUCUAAAAAAAAAAAAAAAAACAAAAUUAUUAAUAUUUAAAAAUAUUUACGUGAACAUCUGAAUGAACUUGAAUCUCAUAAUUAAAAUUUUAUGAAUUUUUUAUUUUUUUUUAUUUUAGUAUACUUUAUAGAAUACUUUAGUUAUAAAUUAAAAUAUU